AUGAAGUUCUCUACCACCCUUGUUGCCCUCGUUGCUGCCGGCCUGGCUCAGGCCCAGCUGCCUAAUGUCCCCGCUUGCUCGCUUCAAUGCUUCAUCACUGCCCUUGGCAGCGACGGUUGCUCCGAGCUCCUCGACUUCAACUGCCACUGCCAGAAGACCGAGCUUGUCAGCAGCAUCACUCCCUGUGUGCAGAAGGCCUGCAAGAUUGCCGACCAGAUCGCCGUUUCCAACGCCGUCGUUGAACAGUGCUCCUCUGCUGGCCACCCCAUCUCGGUGCCUCCCGUGGUGACUACCGGCGCUUCCAGCGCUAGCACCACCGGAGCCAGCUCCUCAAGCUCCACUCCCGCUGAGACCAGUGCUACCCCUACUGCCACUGCCACCGCUACCGCCAGUGACAGCUCCAGUGUCGCAGAGUCUUCCUCUGCUGAGUCCACCCCUGCCGAGUCCUCCUCCGCCGGCACCACUGCCGUCGGCUCUUCCACCGCCAUCGGCUCCAGCGGCGCUGCCACCUCCACCCCUCUGGGCUCCCAGACUGCCUCGGCUUCGGCCUCGGCUUCUUCCCCUGCCUACACUGGCGCUGCCACCAAUGUCAAGGGUAACCUUGCCGGUGUCGCUGCUGUUGUGGCCGCUGCCGCCUACGUCCUGUAA